AGCCCUGAUUUGUGAAGGAUCAGCUGGGAGAAAUGGAUCUCAACGCGGCGGACGAGAUCGACGAUCCUCUGCCUGUGCAGCAUUCGCAGGAGGAGACCUCCAAGCAAAUAGACGAAUUGAUCAAGUACACCGCAUCUAAGUCUAGUCGCAAAGCUUGGGAUGCUAGCGCGAUGCUGAGUUCAGAUCAACAAGAACUGAUUGCAGACCUGGGAAACAUCUGCUCCAAGCGACCAUGGGCGAAUAAGAAGUGGGAGAAUGAAGUUGUCAGCGAGAAGACAACAACAGAUGACUGGCACAGUGGCGGCAUAUCCCAGCUAUUUCUUCGACUUGCUGAUGCAACGAGGGACGAUCAUAAGGAUGAUAGUGAGGAACUGGUGGAAGUCCACGAGCAUCACAAGAGGAUGCGCGCUGUCCUCAGUCUGUGUGAUCAAAUCCUGGGCAAGGAAGACCUUCAAAUAUCUCUUGUCUGUUAUCCUUUGUGUAACAUGCAAAUCCUUGCUAUGAUUGUCGUUGAGAAGACUAGCACGCUUCAUGUGGAAUGCGAAAAGCUGCUGGCAGAUAAGGUGGAACUAGAAAAGCUAGCAGGAGCCAUAGAGACCAAACUACAAAUCUAUGACGAGCUUGAGAAUGUCCAACGGCAGCUGAGUCAGCCGAAAGUGGACGUCGCUUCCUCCUCUUUUGAAAAAGUCUUGAACUCCAUCGACGAUGCUGUUGGGCAGCUCUCAGUGAACAACAACUUCGCGGACACCAGCAGCUACUUGAACAGGUUCAAGCAGGCUCAAGCGAAGGCGCUGGGAAUGGUGAGAGCGUACGUGACCGCGACGCUGCAAACGGCUACCGAGAAGGUCCUGCAACACUUGAAAGACUCCGCUGGGCAAGCGAAUGCGGGAGAGCAGGCAGAAGGAAGCAUGCACAACGGGGACGUGGACACGAGCCAGACGUCGACUCGAGGGGACGUUGAGCUUGCUCUCGCUGCUUAUAUCUCCUCACGAAUAAGCUGGGGGAAGGAAUACUACUCGCUGCUAGUUGAUCUUCAGGACGUAUACUUCCAACAACGACGAUCACUCCUGCAAGACACAGUCAAGUCGAAGAUUAACGCGGCGCUGAGGGAUGGAGACGGCGAUCUCGGACAGAUUGCAAGGGCUGGGUGUGCAUACCUGUGCGAUGUCUGCCACAGGGAGUACAAGCUGCAUCAGAGGUUCUUCCCACCCAUCGAAGAGAGCGUCGGGCUCGAGGCUCUUAUGGGUCCCAUGUGCGACAUGCUGGUAGAUGCGCUCCGUCCUCUCUACUUGAAGGUUGUGGACCUGGACGUCUUGUGCUCCCUCGCGUCGCUGCUCAAGAGGCGCAAGUCUUGCCGCCAUGUCGCCAUGCGUGGGAUGAUCCUGCACGAGGUGCAGGAGCGGCUCAUCUUCCGCGCUCAGAUCUUCAUCAGAGAUCAGAUUCAAGUCAGUGCCCCCAAGGCCUACCACCCCUCCAAGCAGGAUCUCGACUAUCCGGCAAAGUUUGGCAACAAGAGCAGCGAUGGCUUGUCAUCCAACGGCCCCAACUUCUGGUUUCCCACGCUGCCCCGCACGUUGGCGUGUCUAGCGCAGUUGUACCGCACGGUUGAGAAGAAAAUCUUCGAGGGGAUCGCACAGGAGGCGGUGCAAGAGUCUCUGCUGGCGGCCUGCAAGACUCUCGAGAUCGUUCCCUUCGACAUCGACUUCGCCUCCACGGGCGCUCUCUCCCGCCUCCUCAAGUCUCGCUCCAGCAUCUUCUCGCUUAGCACGGACAACGCGCUCCUUCAUCUCGCCCGAGCUCAACCCAAACUCUAUCACUCUCAGAAGAACAUCAAGAAACAGCUGGAGCGAGAGCUCAAGCUGAGCUGUGAAGCUCUUAUCCACCUUAUCGCCAGUCAGGUCGCAGAUCCGCUGGUAGCGUGGGUGCGUAAAGCGGAUGCGCUCGCGCAUUCGGGAGGAGGAAAUUCUUCUCUUCGACUCCACGCGUUUGCUCAACCAGAUCAAGUCCAGCAACUCCUGCAGGGCCUGAAAGCAAAUGUCAACAAGUUUUGCACAGAAACACAAGCUUCCAUGGAGUUGUACCUCCCCAACCCGCAGACGAGGAGCGUGCUGAUUAAUCCCAUCAAAGCCAACAUCCUCGAGGCCUACACUCGACUCCACACCUACCUGCUUGCAGAGUUCAACAGUCAGGAGUACGUCGCUCUCAAAGUCUUCCCCCCGGAGGAGCUGUCGAACAUGCUGAGCAUGACCCCAGCUGCGAGCUCUCGAGUCAUUCAGAGCGCUUCCAUGGCCCCAUCCAGCGGCACCACGGGCUCCGUGCCUGAGUCUCCAUCGGAAAAGGGGAGGGAGAGGAGCGGAGCAACAGCAGCGGUCGAGCUAAACUUGGAAGCUGUCUCCUCCGUCCCCUCUCCAGCUCCUGCUGCCGCAUCGCAAGAUCCACGUAAGGGGUCGAGCAUGGGAGUCUCGAAAGACGACGGGAAGAAGGAAGAGGCUUCGAGACACCAAGAAUUGAUGGCUCGCCAGGAGGAGAAGGCGCGUCAGGAGGAGAAGGCGCGUCAGGAGGAGAAGGCGCGUCAGGAGGAGAAGGCGCGUCAGGAGGAGAAGACGCGUCAGGGAGAGAAGGCGCCUUUCUCAGAGGAGUCGACGGACCUGCAGGGCACAAGCAACAUGGCAGCAGAAGUGACAGCUGCUGCGGACAGUGUGGGAGCUGCGAGUAUCCCUUCGAUCCGAAGGGGUCGCGCAUCGGGUAAGCCCACCAGGAAGCACCUCGUGGACAUCUCAGCCCUGCAGGAGUCCAGCAGCGAAGGAUCAGCUGGGCAGGGGAAGGAGACGGGAGGACAGGCAGCGGGAGGGAGCAUGGAGAAGACAAAGGAUGCGGGAAGUGGGACAAAAGCUAUGGGGGGAGGACAACUACCUCCAGGGUUUGUGUUCGAAGAUGGACAGCUCAAGUACGUGGGCUGAUGGGCAUCUCUGUAUUCUUUGUCUGAUAACCGUGAAAUCUUAAAACCGUGAAAUGUCGACAUGCAUGCGAAGCAGCGACCGAGGAAAUGAAGGGGUGGGGGGGGAGAAGGGGAAGGGAGUACCUCACUGCGAUGCGAGGUGGCCCAAGUUGUUGGCUGCGAGAAGUCUGUUGACUUGCUGCAGGAUGACGGCAUUAUCGAUGUCCCUCGCCCAUUCCGGCGCUUGCAUGUCGAUAUUACUCAUGGCGUUUCUGAUACACUCCUUGUCUUCCUCAGACAUUCCAACCCUCUGUCGCUCCUCUCCAGACUCAUCGCUCGUAGAGGCGGACAUGGAAGCCUCUUGCUCGCUGGUUUCACAGGCAGCCUCCUCGUCCUCCUCGUCCUCGUCCUCGUCCUCGUCUGAUGCUUCAUCGUUGAGUCCAUCAAGAGUUUGAUAUCCAGCAUGAACAGGCCUCGAUUCCCCGUCGUCCUCAUCCCCCUCCUGCUCGUCCUGCUCCUCUCCCUCCUCCAGACCUCCGUUGAUCGCAUGAUACCCAUUCGCCAGAGCAUCUCGGCUCUCAGUGUCCUCCUCCUCCUCUCUUGAUCUCUGUCUUCCUGCCAUGAUCGUCCUUCUGUAGUCCUCCUCCAGCAGUCGCAGCUGUCGAUCCGCCGUCUCCUCUGCUUCCUCC